GGAGCCUGGUGCUGGGCGCGUGCGCCGCGCGCAACGUGCUGCUCGUGCAGAUGGUGGGCACCGGCAGUCACGAGUUCGUCAUGCGUCGGCUGGGCGAGCAGCUGGUGCAGCGCGGACACCGCGUCACCCAGAUCAGAUGGCUGCACGCCUUCAGCGACCUCGUGCCGGCCAACUCCAGCGUGGAGAUCAUCAGCCGCCGCGUCAAGAACGCCGCGCUACGUCACCGGCGCUUCGACGCGGCCGGCGUGUUCCAGCCGGUCUCCAGCGGCGCCUGGCGCGGCGCCAGCUCGCUGGGCGUGGCGCUCGACCUAGCCCAGCAGCCGCACACCUACUGCGAAGAUCUGUUGGGCGACCAGCGCCUCCUGCGCCGCAUGCGCCGCCGGCGGUUCGACGUGGCCAUCGUCGACGUGUACUGCAACGUGUGCGGCGUGGCGUUCGCGCGCGCGCUGCGGCUGCCCGUCGUCGGGCUGUACGUUGUCAGCGUCGUCGGCAGCGAGCAGAGCAACCUGAUGGGUCUGGUGAACAUGCCGUCGGCGGUGGUGGCCCAGUUUACCGGCCUGACGCCGCCCAUGAGUCUGCUGCAGCGACUGCACAACGCUUUCGUCAUCCUCGGCUUCAAGCUGGUUUCUCGCUACCUUCUCGCCGUCUCCGACAUUUACGUGCAGAAUCUGGAGACGUUCUUCAAGAGCUCUGGGGAGCACGGCGUCAUUAUCUUCUGCAUGGGCAUCACACUGUAUGACCCGGAGCUUAUUCCCGUCCGGUUUAUUGAAAGAUUCAUGAGGAUCUUCUCCAGACUGGAGCAAAAGGUGGUGAUGCGACUCCGCCUGUCCACCGAGCGCCGACACAUCGCCGUCCCUGACAACGUCCUCCUGGUGGACUGGCUUCCUCAGCUUGACACACUCGGGCACCGCCAGGCUCGCUUGUUCGUCAGCCACUGCGGCAUCGGAGGCGUGAUGGAGGCCGUCUACUGCGGCGUACCGCUCUCCUAG